UUAAAUGUAUAUACGAUAAAUGCACAACCAUCAAGUGGCAUAAUUUCACUUUCGCAAGGGAGUACUUGGGUUUUUUGUUCAAAAAUUCCCACUACUAGAUUAAAUGUGCAUAAUGGAUUAACUCCAACAGCCAAUUUUGGUUUCAUUUUGACCAAAAGUUUCGUGCCAAUUCCCGCUGGAUGUGUAAAUGGUAUCGUUACUCAUAUCCUCACAGCAACGGAAAUUCUUGAGGAUCUCGGGGACAACACAAAUUUUGUUUUUGAAGACCAAUUGUCAUGUGCUACGGAAUGCGUUGAACACUGUGAUGGAAGCACUACAACUUUUCAGAAUAACAAUUGGUGUCUUAUGGUGUCUAGCCCCCCAACUUCAUCUACACUCUUCUAUGUUACGGUGACAUAUAAAGAUCAAGAUCCUCCUCCACCAUCAUCUUCACAGCCACAGCUUAACGGAAAUGGAAAGAAUUGGACUCAUGAAUCCACAAAACGGCAAAUUAUAAUGCAGAAUAUGGUCUGGAAUACCUUGGUAUUAUUGUUGUUCGCUAUGAUUGUCGUUAUAAAAGGUGAUACUCAUAUAGGGACCAUUGUUCUCCUUCCGCUCUCAUCAUGGUUUAUGUGCUCAAGCGUGCCGACAAGCGCUUUAAAAUAUCUUGUUGUAGUUUCUGAAGAACCAUUACAGGAUACAGCUAACUUUGGAUAUUUCCUCAGUAAUCAUCCAUUUUAUUUUUCGGCGGAACCAUGUUUUACGGGUAUCCUCGCUAACGCCAUGCCUGCGAUUAACCUGGUGGAAGAUAUUGGCGUCAAUACAACAUUCCUAUCAUGGAAGUCGAUAUCAUGUUACGACGAAUGUGUAUCGACUUGUCAAAAAACUGAUAAUGGUUUGAAUUUUACGAGCUGGUGUUUAUUAGUAAGCAACACAAAGACUACAACAGACUACGCUAAUGUUACUAUAACUUUUGAUCCUCCACCUGCCUACACAACCUUACCACCAGCUGUACCAGAAAACUCUGCUAAUAAAGAAAUAAUAUUGAGUGCUUGGGUUGUUUUUGCUUUUGGUUUAGCGGGAAUUAUUGGAGGAUUAGGAUUAGUUGUAUUGUAA